AUGGGAGGUGGAUUAUUGGAGGCCGGCGGCAGGGAGUGUUCCACCGAUGAGGUGAUGAAGACGCUGAUGUCUCAGCUCGGCGAAUCAGACGUGUUGAACCCAGGCAACCGUCAAAGGCGCGCGCUGCAGGGUCCACCCAGUGGUGCGCGCCUCAUCUGCGUACUAUUCAGUGCAACGUCGGGCAGAGCUCUCACAGGCGGUGUACGCAGUUCACCAGGGUCUCGAGAGGCAUCUUAA